AUGUCUAUUCAACACCUCCCUCCCGAAAUCGUCGACUUCAUUCUGGAACUACUGGUUGAGAACGCGCCUGACGGCCAUUCGAUCUCCCUAGCCCGAUGCAGUCUCGUCUGUCGCACCUUUCGUCCUACUUCCCAACGCCUUCUCUUCAGAUCUAUCUCAUUAAAGGUCAUCCUGGCGUCAAAGAUACCUCCGCUCAUCGACACUCUUAAAUCCAACCCCGAUACCUUUGGGUCAUACGUCCAGAAGCUCAGCCUCACGCCUCUGCGCUGGUCCAGCGUCGGAGGAACCCAGAGGGUCACAGUAUAUCCCAACGACAUCGACAGGGAGAAUAGCCCUCUCAACACCUUUGUCGACAUCGUCCCUAACCUGAAGCACAUACGCAUCGAUGCAAGCGCAGGCUCGUGGGCGACUUUCCCUUCCCGAAUGAAGGAGCAUAUCGAGGGAAUUGUCAAUGGUACUAUACCAAGUCAAGUCGACUCGUUGGAAUUCUUUUCCGUUCCUGACCUUCCCCCUGGUCUAUUACUCUCUGCAUCUCGCAUCAAGUCUGUCACCAUCUCGGACGGUGUACAAGUCCAACCUCGAGAUUUGCGCGCGUUCCUCCAGAACGUCACUUCGAAUUCAUCGUCAGGCGCAGAAGUUUCUUCAUCUACAAUCACCCUUUCGCUCCAGUCAUUGAACUUCAGGUCCCUAUUCUUCCCACCAAGUCUGUUCACCAUCAGCCCUUCGGUGCUUGCCAAUCUUACAACACUUUCGGUGAAGAUAAGCAGCCGUAACUUCCCGCCUGCGAUUGUCGCCGCACAGGGCAUGCUCGACGCGUGUAACGGCUCUCUCGAAACGCUUGACAUACAGUGGAGGAUGAAUCGACACUGGAACUUCAGUGCCGUCGGAACACUGGACCUCAGGGGGUUCAAAUCGCUGAAACACUUGAAGCUUCAAACGAAUAGCGUCGAGUCUAUUCUACCCGCCUCACUCGAGUACUCCGACCUCGCCCUGUCGCCAAAGGACCAAGCAGACCCCCGACCUUUCAAACUCCUCGUCGAUACUUUGGCCUCCAUCGGGUCUCCAUCCUCCCUCCAGAGCCUUGAAAUAGCCAUAGAGGGCUUGCUCUCGGUCGAGGGAGACGAAAUACCUCCUCUUCAUCGGCGCACAAACCCUACUUUCUUCAUGAGACCUCUCGCAGAGUCGGUCAAGGCAUGUUGGGAUGACCUGGACGAGAUGCUCUCGAGCAUCACCAAGUUUCCGACUCUCCGAACUGUGGACCUCAACUUCGACGAGAUGAGUACCGCCGGUACUGCAGUCUGCCCAGUGAUUUACUACCUCGAACUUACGGUGCCAGAUGGACGAGCUACCGUCAGAAUUUUGGAAUACAUUCUCGAAGAAUUCACAGAGACCCUCUACAACGACCUCGCCAACUGCAGCCUCGUGCCCCGUGCCUUCCGUGCGCCUGCUCAAUCGCUGCUCUUUCGGUCGAUCUUUCUGCUGGAAACAGCCGAGAAAACACGAAAACUUACUACCGCACUGAAUAAUAGUCCAGAACAACUAUCUCUGCACGUACGCAGCCUAGAAAUUUGGGUUCCAGCUGACAGACCUAGCGACAGCCCUCCUUACGAAGCGUUGGCUGGUACUGAGCUUCCCAAUCUCUGGAAACUAGCAGUCGGAACGCCGACCUCCCGAGACUGUACCCGACUCAGAUCACUGUCUCUUCAAGGCUUUGACCAUCUUCCUCCCUCCAUCCUUCAUACGGGCCCAACCCUCACGGAACUUGCCCUUAACCGGACUGCCUUCAGUACUGAAACGCGUGGUGACCUCAGUAUCACCAUUGACGACGGCGCGCCCACAACGACCAAUCUCUGUCAACCAAGAUCGAUAAAACUCAGUUGGCUCCAGCGCAACAUCCUCUGCUUCGACCCCAAGGUCUUCUCAAAGCUCCAAACGAUUGCGAUUGAGUCUACUUCCAAUGGUCAAUUGGACUACCAACAGAUGAGCCAUGCGCUCCUGGAAUCUGCAAACUCCGUCACCGCCGUAAAGUUUGUACUUGUGCCAUUUCUUUCAACUGCCUUCCACAACCCAGCACUGGCAGACCUUGGGUCAUUUAGGAACUUGACUUCCCUUACGUUCACGACUAAUUGCGGAUUUGAAGUGCGCCAUAUUUCAACCAUCAGCAACACCCUCUCCACCCUUCACACCGACAUCCCACUGCGAGAACUCGAGGUGCGGUUCCAAGAUCACUCUGAAUUCUAUGGGAAUGCAUAUCAAGGGCUAAUGCACAUCCCGUUCAUGACGCCUGUGCGCGUUGAGUAUGUUGCAGCUUGGAAGAAGUUGGACGCGACCAUUUCGUCGCUUGCGCGCGACUUGAGGUCGACCUUGUCGGAAAUAUCUAUUUUCUUCACGGUUAGUUUGCUGAUAUCUCCUAGUAUCAACUUGGGCAGGCCCCAGAACGAACAAGUUGGAUGGCCUGUGCAUUGCGGGAGGCUUCGGGAGACGCUGGUGCCUCGUGGGGAACUGUUUCCCGAGACCUCCAAGCGCGAGAUAUUUCAUUUCGACUUCGAGGUUCUGAAGUUCUAG